AUGGACAUGCCUUUCCGUCCGGCGCUAAAGCGUUCUGCCGACGCACUUACCGUUAACGAAGACCGCAACACUAAGCGUGCUCGCGAAAGCCACGACUCAGACCAAGCGAAACCAGGAAAUACCCCGGUGGAUGACUGCCUCUUGCUCAAAACCCCCAAGUUCUUCGCGAAGGCUUACAUAGCCGGACUCGAGCGUCGGCGUCAGGAGCCACGUUAUCUGGACGAGGAUCAAGUUAGCUCUCGAAUGAGCGCGCGUGACCGCCGAGAUAUCUCCCGAUCCGCACUGCGCCCUCAGAGUCACCGUCCACGCAUGACAGCACAUAAAGCCAAGAGCCCCGAUGCACAGCCCGUCCCGCAAACGACCUCUACGCCUAAGCUAAAGACCGAAGACUUCGGAGACCGGAUCGAUUUCCUGAACUUCGGAUACGAUGAUUUCCAGCCCAAAACGCCAGAGGAGAGGCUGAUGAAGUACCGAGCUGAUGUUGAGUUGUCCAAAGUGCACGCAAAGCGCUACAAGCUUAUGGCAGAUCGCAAAUCGAAAAGCUUUUAUUCCGACAAAGUACCGCCUAGGACGGACGAAACUGGAGACAGCCUUUACUUCCUGAAGGAAUACGACGACAUCAAGCCCAAGACACAGGAGGAAAAGUUGAUGAAGCUUAAGGCCGAUGUCGAAUUCUCGAAGAUACAUCAGGAUCGGUACAGGUUCAAAACUGCCGAGCUGUUGUUCGAGGGCAGAGCAAUAUUCGCGCAGCUCCUAGUGGAUGUUGAGGAGUCUCGAUUGAAGCUCAGACGGGAUACUGCUGCUGAUGCAAAUCCGAAAGCUCCCUGGUCUAGCCUCGAAGAGCGAAACCAUGGCGCAGAAGGUUAG